UAUGAAAAGCUGUUCAUUUCCGUGAAUGUGGUCAUUUUCCGGGUUUUCAUAGUGCCUCAUCUGCUUAGGAACAGACAGGCUUCCGGGAGGCGCCAGCUUGUUCUAUCCCUGCCCUUGGGCAAGCUGCUUAGCAGCGAGAUCUGUGGAAAAGUCAACCAGCGCAGAAAAGUGAAGUACGGAAAAGUCAACCAGCGCAGAAAAGUGAAGUACUGCCCAGCCUUGCUCCCCCUCCAGGCACCCAGGGACGGGAAUGAAUUCAAAACACUUUUGAAAUCUGCCGGCUGCAAACUUGUGGUGAUUGAAUUUUCAGCAAAAUGGUGUGGCCCUUGCAAAAAGAUUUGUCCUAUUGUUCAUGCAAUGUCUAUGCAUUACCAAAAUGUAGUGUUUGCGAAUGUGGAUGUCGACGAUUCUCGGGACUUGGCCCAAACUUGUAACGUCAGAGUAAUACCCACAUUUCAGUUGUUCAAGCAAACCAAAAAGAUUUUUGAAUUUUGUGGAGCUGAUGCUAGCAAAUUAGAAGCGAAGAUUCAAGAACUAAUGUAACCUGAUCGCCAAGACAAAAUACACUGGCAGCAUUUUA